CUAACCUGUUUCGUUGAGCUGUCAAAACUUUUUUUCCUUCGGAAAUUUAGAAGUUAGGAAAGAUUAAGUUUCUUUCUUGAUAAAAUUAUUCAUCGCUGAGUCUCUGAUUGAAAAUUGAUGGGAGGACAUGGGCUGAUAAUUCUUCCAAUGAAUAGAUGUCAAUUGUUAACUUAUGUUUUAAGAAGAAUAUGAUAUCCAUUAUCAGUUGAACUGAAGAAAUGUAGAAAAAAGUCCUAUUUCAACAAUUUUGCAAUGUCGUAUUUUCAAGUGGAGCCCGGUGCGGCUGGAGAAAGCCUCCUCUUAACUACGGAGAAUUCUCAAGAAGAAAUUGAUAAUCAGAUGAUGAGCUCUAGCUUGGAGGAAAUCAAAAACGAUGGUAAACAACUGGAAACACAAGAAAUACUAGAAACACAGGAGAGUAACAAUGAAAAUGUAUGUAAUGUUAGCAACUACGAUGACAAUUCCAGUCCUGUGAAAGUAGAGAAUGAUGAUAGUGAUAUAAUCCAAGACCAACAAUGGGCUUUGAUGGAGAAACACAUUUUUGUGCUGAGUAUGGCUGGAAAACCUAUAUAUUCUAGGUAUGGAAAUGAAGAUAAAUUGGCUUGGCUUUUUGGCGUCAUGCAGACUUUAGUUAGUUUUGUUCAAUCAAAUGAUGAUAAUUUAUUGAACAUAUCAGUUGGUGGUGUGAAAUUUGUUUUCUCUGUGAAAAAACCUUUGAUAAUGGUAGCAGUUUCAAGAAAGAACGAAAGUAUAGCACAAAUACAAUCUCAAUUAAAUUACAUCUAUAAUCAAAUAGCAAGUACACUGACGACUACAAAAUUAAUUAAGAUAUAUGAACAAAGGCAAAAUUAUGACUUGAGAAGACUUUUGAGUGGUGUUGAAAGGUUAAUAAGUCAUCUGUUAGAUUUCUCUGAAACAGAGCCUGCAUUUUUGCUUGGAGCAAUACAAUGUUUGAGCCUAAGUUCAAGUAUAAGAGGAAAUAUUAGUUCAGCCAUCAUCAGCUCUUGUAGUAAAAUAAAAAAUAUUGUGUUUGCAAUCCUAAUGGCAAAUAAAAAAUUAAUCACAUUAGUUAGAAUGAAGAAAUAUUCUCUACACCCAGCCGAUCUCCAUCUGAUUUUCAAUUUAGUUCAGUCAACAGAAAGUUUUAAAACUGUGGAAAGCUGGGCACCAAUUUGUUUACCUAGGUUUGAUCCCAGCGGAUUUCUAUAUGGGUAUGUGUCGUAUCUUUCUGAGGAUUGUCAGGCAUGUCUCCUUCUCCUAACUGUGGAAAGAGAUGUAUUUCACACACUCAAGGAGGCGAAACAACGCAUUGUUGAUAAAUUGAGAAGAAACAAUUGCUUAGAAGCAAUAAAUGAAUCUUUAUCUAAACCUGAUUUAACGUGCAUUAGUUCCGGAUUCACGGAAGUGAGACAUUAUUUGUAUAAAUCCAAAUCAACAGCUCAGUUUUACCAACCUGCUGUAAGCCCCCCCUACAAUAGAUAUCCCCAAAUGCUAAUCAGCCUUUAUAAAAGACUACACCAAAGAUUGCAUUGUACUGCUAGACCCUUGAAGCUUCUAUUUGAAAGAAGAGCAACUGAAGCCAUAUUUGCUUGGGAUACUGUUGGGUUUGAAUUGUAUAUUAUAUUCGAACCUUUAAUUGAAACGAAGGAAGUUGUUGAUAUCAUAACUUCACUGCUAAACUGGAUGAAGGAAAGGGAUGAUAACUUGUUUCAUUUACAUGUUCCAACAUUUUAGUAUUGAGUUAUAAUUUGUUGUUUUUUAUUUAUAUAUUUUCAUAACAUAUCUCGAGAAUAUUGUUGAUUGUAUAUUUCUUAUCAAAUAUUUUUUAGCCAUUAAAAAUGUAUAUAAAAUUGA